CAACGGAACAUAUGAUCAAGCUCAACUCGCACUCUAUGUACAUGCAUGCAGUCGAUGCAGUCCCUUGGUUUUUAUCACCAUUAUUAUUACGACAUUCCAUCCUUUGAAAGGUCCGGAUCGACUUCACUACACGGUCCCAUUGAACCUCAUGCUCAAAGCGGAGGCCGGUCCGAAUUGAAAUAAGAGGGCUCCGUUGUUGUUCGUGAUUCAGUGAGUAGUGAAGGCUGGCUGACUUGCCCUUUCUUCCAUGUUGGAUAAUGACGGAUUCACCCUUGUGAGUGGAAAGAAGGCUGCCAAGAAUGUGAAGAACAAGAAGGUCACGUCCAAACGAAGUUGUUCCAAUAAAGGAUCUCACUGCCAGACUUCCUGUUCCAAGGUUCGGGAGGGAAUUCAUUCCAUAGACUCUGGCGGUGAAAAAGGCCACGACCCAGCCGAAGAACCAAGUAAAGGAGAAACUGACUUUAGCCAGAGGGUACAAGCAAAGGAAAAGUUUAUCAGGUUUCUGAAUCAAGAGGCAGAAGAGUUACGGAUCAGUCCCUAUUUUGAGAAAUUUUCCUCCUCGCUUGACAAGGUUCUGACCGAGAGAAGGAAGACCCUGAAGCACCUCAUUUGUCUGGGCUUGGGUCGUUUUAGGUCCUGCCCUAUUGCCCGAACUCAAUUGAGUUUUCUUGUUGUGCUCCAGUCCAAAUACGAGCUCAACAAAGUGAUUGUUUCAGACCCGAUUUUCUCUCUGGAUGAGCAAGACAUUUUGAACUCACUGCCCGGAUUUCAAGUGGAUGCGGACAACCAAGAAGCCAAGAUUGUGUUGCCCGCACAAACUUUGGUCUAUUUGCCCCACUGUCCGAAGCAGUUGACCAACAAUCUUUUGUGGUCCAAUUGGUCCCGAGAACAAUUGAACGAGAUUUUCAUCUUGAGCAAUAGCUUUGAAAGAAUUCUCUCUCAUCUUCCGCAAAGAAUCGUGAGGCAGGAAGCCAACUUCAUCGCUCUCUCUGCCGAGUUCGUGAGAGAAAUUUCCAUCGAGAACUGCUUCAAGUUUCCUGACAUCUUUAACGACUCUGCCUUACAUUUUUUUGAGUCCCUGCCUCCAUCUGAUUGGACACAUUGGAGGGAAAUUGAAUUUGAGCCCACUUACCCACCAGAAGAUCUUGAAUACGUUCAACGUGAGCGAAAAUAACUGCCACCAGUAGAACCGGCCACACAACAAGCAUGGCUGCCAGUUCCAAUAAAGUUGCCUCCACGUUGCGUGGUAUCCUUAGGGAACUGCGCCACCUUCAUCCUGACGAGACCAAACUCCAAGGAUCGGCAUCUGCCAAUUUCUU